AUUACAUGCAGCUUUCUUCUACAAGGCAGUGAAAACCUUAUGAUGUCGCCAUUCCCGUUUGUCACCUUUUUGCUCGGCCUGUCCCUGGUCUCUGCCAUCAACCUGAGUAACCUGACCACCGUCUACGAGUGGCCAGACAAAAUUGAAUACGACUGGCCGUCAGAAACGUUCAAGACAAAGGUCAUUCAGGACACAAGUUUCGAAUUCAACGGCAUCCAUCCUCGAUUCAUGGCUGUCUCUCAGGAAAGGAUUUUUCUUAGCCUGGCUGGCUAUGGUGGCCUUCCUGCCAGCUUGGUCUUCAUUCCGACAAACAGCACGUCUUCAUCUCUGCCUCCUUCGCUUGCUCCUUAUCCGUCCUGGGAAAUGCAUAACAAUGAUAUAUGCGGUACAAUUCAGUCAGCCUCAGGGCUGGAAGUGGACAAAAUUGGACAGCUGUGGGUGCUCGAUAAUGGUAGCAAGAAAUGCAAUGCAAAAAUAUGGAUUUUCGACCUGGCCAACAGCGACAAAAUCCAACACGUACAUGAAUUUCCUUUCCAUCUUGGUCUGCACGACUUGGUUCUCGACGAGACGCCUGACGGAUGGUUUGCCUACAUCACGCGUUUUGAAAAGGAACACAUCGUCAUUUUCAGCCUGAAAACGAACAAGUCAUGGCUGCUGGACACACCGGGAAAAUCUUUUUUAUGCCUCGCCCUUUCUCCUAAGCAGGAAACGAGACUGUUGUAUUUGGGAAGAUUAGACUCUAAUGAGCUGUAUGCUAUUUCCGCGAGUGAAAUCAGGGAUAGGAAACGAACUGCACAUCCAAAGCUGAUAGGAAAGUGGAAUCAGGCGCCGUAUAGAAUGCUAAUGGACGGCGCUGGCGUCAUGCAAGCCGCCUUUUUCCGGAAGAAAUACACCUCAACUUGGAACACUUCACUGCCUUUUGCGGAGAAGCCUUUCAUUGAGGUCGAAACCCUAUAUUCAAGAUGGCCAUUUGCUUUUGCGUCUGGCACUUCAAGGAACCUUUGGAUAACAGCCUUCAAUUGGAAUGCCAAGCCGAGAUACAGACUGCUCAAGGAUGGAGUAGGAGCAGGCAAAAGAUCUUAUCUAUAUGACGCCUCGAAAUUCGAUUGUUUGGAGGGUUGCCACGAUGAGCACGGCUACUGCUCAAGACCUGGCGAGUGCCUUUGCAAGGUCGGAUGGAAGGGCAACUACUGCGACGAGUGCCACCCCUACCCUGGCUGCGUCAAUGGCACCUGUAACAAACCCUGGGAGUGCAACUGCGAAGCCAGCUGGGAAGGAAUGCUAUGCGACAAAACGCUGUGCAAUCUGACGUGCAAUCUGGAGCAUGGCUCCUGCGUGGAUACUGGCGAGUGCCUCUGUAAAACUGGGUGGAAGGGCGAAAACUGCGAUGAGUGUCAAUCCUACCCUGGCUGCACCAAUGGCACUUGCAGCCAACCCUGGCAGUGCAACUGUGCUGCCGGCUUCCAUGGAAAACUUUGUGAUUUAGAAGAUGAAUAA